GUGAACGGGGUGAUCGUGUCGGCCAAGACUGACACGCGCGCGGCGACCGCCGAUGUGGAUGUGAACGGGGACGGGGCUGCAGACGUGACCCUUCAGCUUGGUCCGGUGAUCAGGGGUACGGCCCUGCGCGAUAUCCUGCCAUUUGUCGAUUUCUCAUCCUUCACUGACCAGAUCGAGUUCGCCCAGUUGUCGCGCUCCCUGAACACGCGCGCCUACGAGACCGCUCUGAAGGACCUUCCACGCGAUGCUCUUGCAGGACAAACGGUCGAUGCGAUCGGCGCGUUCACCGAGCGUGGCAAGGGACCGCCCUAUCUCGUGACGCCGGUGUCAAUGAAGGUCUAUCCGGGCACCGUAGCGCUGAAGGAUGUCAGCUUCGACGUGCAUCUGGGAGCCGUCAACGUUCUGGUCGGAGAGAACGGCGCAGGCAAGUCGACGCUGAUGAAGGUCAUUGCCGGUGUCGAACAGCUGACCUCCGGUGAAAUCCUGAUGGACGGCGAGAUCAAGGUUUUUCCGGAUACGCGCGCAGCGGCGACCGAUGGCAUCGGCAUCGUCUUUCAGGAACUGAACCUGUUUCCGAACAUGACGGUCUCCGACAAUAUCUUCAUCGCCCGUGAGAAGACCCGGGGCGGUGUCGACAUCUGCGCUCAGAAGCAGAAGGAAGACGCCGCGGAGCUUAUGAAACGGCUGGAGCACGAUAUCUCGCCCGAUGCACUGGUGUCCGACCUGAGGAUCGGCGAACAGCAGAUCGUAGAGAUUGCCAAGGCGCUCGCCCAGGAUGCACGCAUCCUGAUCAUGGAUGAGCCGACCUCCGCGCUGAGCGCGGCCGACGUCGAGAUCCUGUUCCGCGUCAUCGAGGACCUGAAAAAGCGCGGUGUCGGCAUUGUCUACAUCUCGCACCGCCUCGAGGAGCUGAUCAGGAUCGGUGACUACAUCACGGUUCUAAGGGACGGGGUGCGCACCGGCGCGCGUUCGAUGGAGGGCGUGGAUGUUCAGUGGAUCGUGCAGAACAUGAUCGGCGCGGCCUCGAAGGAUUUUGCGAAAUCCGUCGAACAUGAAUUCGGAGAGCAGGUGUUCCGGUGCGAGGAUAUCUGCCUGACGGGGCGUACCGAGAAGCUCGUCGUCGAUCACGUGUCUCUGUCCUUGCAGGCGGGGGAAAUCGUUGGCAUCUACGGAUUGAUGGGCGCAGGGCGUUCCGAGCUGUUCGAAUGCAUCAUGGCACAGCAUCCGACUUGCCGUGGAUCGUUCUUUGUCGACGACCGGUUGCUUGACGAACCGGAUGUUGCCGGCCGCAUCGCGCGCGGGCUGGCACUCAUCCCCGAAGACCGGAAAUCGGAAGGACUGAUUCAGAUCCUGCCGAUCCGCGAGAACAUGUCACUAUCCAGUCUCAGCAAAUUCGUGCGGCAUAUCCAGUUGAACCUCCGACGUGAACGUGAAGAGGUUGGCCGGUUCGUGAAAGAUCUCGCGAUCAAGAUCGCUAGCAUGGAAAACCCGGUAAGUUCGCUUUCCGGCGGCAACCAGCAGAAAGUCGUCAUCGGCAAGGCCCUGAUGACAGCACCCCAGGUGCUCCUCAUGGACGAGCCCAGCCGGGGCAUCGACAUUGGUGCAAAGGCCGAAGUGUUCCGGACGAUGCGAAAGCUCGCCGCGGAGGGGCUCGGUAUUCUUUUCGUCACGUCGGACCUGGAAGAGGUCAUGUCCCUUUCAGACCGGAUCAUCGUCAUGUCGAAUGGCCGGAUCACAGGGGAAUUCGACGGGGGCAAUGCAUCCGAAGAACAGAUUAUAGCCGCGUCCGCGAUCGGUCAUGCACCUGAUCGCGUGCCAGGCCAGAAGAAUGGGAGACUUCACGCAUGA